AUGGGGCGCCUUUCGGGCUCCCCACAAGAGCGAGUGUUUUAUUUCGGGAACCGAUUAGCUCCAGCGUGUUUGGUGAUUCCAUUGAGGUUGGAUUCUGUUGACCCAUCCUAUUGUUGGAAUGAACUUGUUACCCUGAGUACUAAAUAUCGUGAUUUGACUGCACAUUCACAGCUUUCCCUCACGGUCUAUGAUGUUUCGUAUGGGAAAAACAAGGAAGUGGUCGGUGGGGCCACAAUUCAUCUAUUUAACAUGGAAAAACAGUUGAAGACAGGGAAGCAUAAGCUUAGACUUUGGGCGGGCACAUAAGCAGAUGGUUGUAUUUAUACAACGCUAGGGAAGGUUCCAAAAGAGGAGUGGGGAGAACUAGAACGUCUCGAGAAGCUCGUGAUUAAGUAUGAGAGAGGACAUAUUCAAAGAGUUG